UAAUGGUACAAUCCAGGAAGUAAAGCAUGUGCAAUCCUCACUCGACAAUCUCUUUUGGUCUAAAUUCAGUUAUGGGUUAAUGCCACCUGAAAACAACGAAACAUUCACUUAAAAUGUUGCCUUGUGAUUGAAAAUGCCCGUGUGUUAAAUAUUCAGAAGAAUCGACCUAAAUAAGGGUCUGAUCGUCGCGUUGGUCAGCAUGCCAGACUGGGUCAGUCUGUGUGUCUUUAGCCUGUUGUUAAGUCUGAUAACAAUAGCAUGUUACAUUUUGUACUCGGGACUAUCGUCAGACAUCAUCGUACUGACAGGCUCUCCUCCCAUAAAGAAGAUCACAGUUGCCUACAAAUUCAAACAAGGACCAUACAAAAACUGUGGACAACUUUUUAAGGAGUCUCACAGUAUUGGACCAAAGCUGUCAUGUAUAGGAGUAUAUUAUGAUGACCCUAAAAAGGUGCCUGGGCCACUAUGCCGAUAUGCUGUGGGCAGUAUUCUGAGCGAGGGAGAAAACAAGGCGGACGAGGAGCUUCUAAAAAGCUACAAGUCAUCGAGCUUUAAUGUCUUCUCUUUUCCGGAAGUCACACAUGUGGUCACUACCUCGUUCCCCCGAAGGACAUUUCUCUCUGUCCUUCUGGGAGUAAGAAGAGUUUACCCACAGCUGGAGCAAUACAUCAAGAAGAGGAGGCUGUGUGCACACCCGUUCAUCGAGAUCUACAGAGAGGGUCACAUCCACUUCAUGGCCCCCUUGGCUCGGCAGGGAGAUUUCUACGUGCCUGAGGUCAGGCGGAUAGAAAGGAGGAUAUCAGAAGAAGAGGAAAUGCAUAGUGACUCAGAUGUCUCAGGUGCAGACUCCAACAGUGAAUACAGCUCAGGGAGUGGGGUUCUCCUGUCAGACAGCAGAGAGACGUCCCUGUCGGCAUCCUCGGUCCGCUCUGGAUCAAGAGGAUCCAGGAUCCAGGAUCAAGAGGAGAGAGACUGCAGAGAGCCAAGCUCGGGGGGAAUCUCCCUGAAAGAGCUGGACUGUGAGCAGACUGGUGGACAGCGGGUGGAGAGAGAAGAGCUGCUUCAUGGAGACUCCGACCAGAAGAGCCUGGAGGCUCCCACGCAGGAGUGGUGGGGUGUUGUUGGAGAGGAGUGAGAGCUCAGUUAGAUAUGUUGGUUAAAGAUGAGAGAACUUGGAUUGAUUUUCAAGAGAUUUGGAUGUGCAGUUUAUAAAGCAUGUCUCACAUUGUGUUCAUGAGGAGAUGGGUAAAUAAUUAAGGAUACGAAAGCCUGUUUUUUGAUAUUGUGAACAAACACAAUGAAAAGACCACCACCAUGGGUUAGUCAAUACUUUCAGACAUCUUCACUAGUUUGGGAGCCGAUCCUUGAAUAUGAAUCUAAGGAAACUGGUCAUUUUGAAACAAAACAUUUCAAAUGAGAUCUUUACCUAAAACACAGCGAAACAAGCCAACAUUACAUAAAAAGCAGUAUGUAGUGCAGUGUAUGAAGACUACUUUUGGAUGUGGAUUAAUCCACAAUUUUCAUGGUCAAAUAUAGUAUAUACAAAAUUCAUGAUGGCUGAACUUAUUUUCCAUUUUUAACCAAUUGUGUUGUCAAAUAGCUUUUAGAAAAACAGGGGAAUAAGUAUUGCCAGGCUUGGCAACACAUGGCGAUAUCUGAUGGUGGACUCGAUCCAUUUUAAAUGUUGGUCCUUUAUUUUUUUUAAAGGUUUAGUUUUUGGGCUAUUUAUGCCUUUAUUUUUUUGUUGAUAGGACAGUGGAAGGAGUCAAAAAAGGGGGGGAGACAAUUUAGGAAUGACAUGCGGGAAAGGAGCCACAGAUCAGAUUUGAACCCGGCAAACCGGCUUGGAGGACCAUAGCCUCCGUACAAGGCUGUGCAUACUAACCACUAGGCUACCCGCGCCCCCAAAAUGUUGGUCUUUUCACUGGAUUUGAUGAUAAUACAAAAAAAACAAACUAUAACUUGACUCUUUAAAUAGGAGUGUUUUAAGUAGGGUGCUUGAAUCUGCUUGAUUUUGAUAACCCCAACGAUCACUUGAACUCUUCAGUUGCUAUUCAGGUAGCUCAAGUAACUGAAGUGAUAAUGUUUAUCAUAAUGAGAGGAGAUGGAUACACUGACUACUUGUUAGCCAAAGAAUUUUACUUGAACAUCUAUCAGUAUUUUAUGUUUUCAGUUGAAGUCUUCAGCUGGUUUCAAUAUAAUUCAAAUAUUUGAGAAUUCUUUAUAUGUUGCUGUAUGAAGCUCCAUGCCACUUGUAUUUCAUACUAGAUUUUUGUAAAGCUACAUACAAAAAAUUCUGUUAGAGGUUUAAAUUCAUUGUAUCACAAACAAUAGAUUGUGUGUAGGAAAUAAAAACAUAAAAACAGGAAAUUGAACAUUCUUAGUAAAUCAAUACCUCAGUUUGUAAUGAGUUAAUGGUCUUAAAUCCACUAUUCAAGUCAUCUUUAAGAAUUUUGUCAAUUUGUUUCAUAUUAGAGUAAAAUAAAUGAUAAAGCAGGCUAAAGGCUGUAGGGCUACCUGUCAAUCAGGAUGGAGAUUUAACAUUGCAUAUCUAUCCUGUCCAAAUAUGAUCAGCCAUGCUAAUGGUUUCACAAACACAAGAUGGUGACUUGAUUUGUCAAACCAGGGGAGGACUUCGGCCUGUGUGUGUGUAGUAGUGUUGUUGUCAAGACCACACUAACCGAGACCAAGACAUACCCGAGACCAUAGUGCUCCGAGACCGAGAUAAGAUCAAGACAUUUAAUGAUUGAGACCAAGUCAAGACCAAGAGCAAGUCAGGGCGAGCCCGAGACAAGACCAAGACCAUAAAUACCAAUGAAAAAUCAUCAUCUUGUGUUCAGCAGGCGUUUCGUUCACUUAAACCGUUACAGCGGGAAGGUUGCAGCUGUGACUGGGGGAUACAAAUUUAAUUAUGAAUGAAUUAAAGUUGUUUGUUCUUUUCGAAAAGGGGCGUUUUUCUUCUAAUCAGAGGAAUAACAUGGAGAAAUAGCCUUUCAAUGGUGGUCUUGAGUGGUCUUGAUUUAAAAUCCGGAGUCCGCCCAGUCUGAGACCGAGACCAUCAAAGUGUUUUCGAGACUUGUCUUGAGACCGAUUUCAGGUACAACAACACUAGUGUGUAGUACAGUAUGUCUCUUGAGAAAAGAAAAUAGUUUCCCCUAGGUGAUUAAUAAAGUAUCUUCUUCAUAGUUUUCUUCUUCACAGCUGUCAUCCCCUUCUUUUAUACAGUCUAUGGAACAAACUGACAUACAGGACUGAAAUGACUGUGGGCACAUACUGUAGACCUCUUGAAGAGUACUGUUGUUUUAUUUUGUGUUUCUUGUGUUUGGUUGAAAUCUGUGCACCAUGUUAUAAGUGCUCAAUGAUUGUCUUUACAUGGCUGUGUGUCGGCAUAGCUCUAUUGGUUAAAUGUUAAAAUGUUCCUUAUUUCCAAAGAGAACGUGUGAAUGAGGCCAUAAUUACUUUCUUCUUGCACUGGUAAUGAUCACCUCUAUGAUUGGGAACAUGAUUAUGGUAAGUGUGAAGCCUGCUGCCAUUAUCACGCCUGGAGAAAGAUGACAAGACAAGUGGGCUGACCAUUAAUAUUCAUUUCACUAUUAGUGAAAGCAAAGCUCAGCGUCUCUGCUCUGUAUUUAUAGUCUCUCUACAUCUGGCCUGAAGCAUCCUCUAAUUACCCUCACACAUUCACUCCCAAAUAAUUUAUUUUCUGUUUAGCCAUCAGAUUCUUUCUCAACCUUCCUCCCAUCUGCCGCCUCUUUGCACAAGCUGAUUUUCAUUUGUUUUUUUUUGUUUUUAAAUCUUUGUAUUUUUUUUUUCUUGUUCUCUCUGAAAUAAAUAUGGCAGCUGCAGCCUGAAAGACCA